AUGGGCUUGGUCCUCGCGUUUGUGGCCGUGGCCGCGCUCUGUUGCGCGCCGGGCGCCGCGGAGUUGCCCCGGCUGGAGCACCCGCCCAACAACAACGACGGGUCGCUGAAGCUGCUCGUCAUCGGGGACUGGGGCUCACAACCAGUCCCGGGUCGCCGAGCAGUAAUUGACAGCUCGACACUCAUUUAA